UGCCCGAAACAGUCAAAUUCAAACCUAACCUAAAUCAAUAUAACCUAGAAUUGAGUCUAUGUGAGCAGAGAGAAUUUUCGUGAUCUUAGCAAUGUAACGUAACGUUUGAUUACGUCAACGUUGAAAAAUAAUAUUUAUACGAAAUAUCACAACUCACGAUGAGUAAUUCACGACGAUUCUUAGACGCAAUUGUUAAAAAAAUUAACAAAUUGCCAAUUCUGAACAACGCUAGUUCAGCAAUCGGAAACGCUACUGAAAGGGCCCAAGUGAAACUAUCCAGCGUACAGAGUAUUGCUACUGAAAAAUACAAUACCAUUGUUAAGCAAGUUAAUGGAGCAACGAUAAUUCAAGAUGUAAGUUCGCCACAAAAAUUACAAACAAUAAGCCCGUUGCCACAACGUCUUGUCAAUUGGUGGCAAUGGUAUCAGCAAUUGACAGGGAUGGAUAAAGUUGAAAUAGCAAAGCAUCAUGUCAUCGAAGUGCAGAAUCGAUUAUUUCAGUGCCAAGACAAGCGGAGAAAUCUUACAAAUCAGGCAAAUAUAGUAAAUGAGAAAUUGAAAGAAACUUACGGCGAAUUGGUACAAACCCGACGCGAUGAUCCAAAAUACGUGCAGCUGACUAUAAUGGAGAACAAGGGGUUGCAGGAACAAUCCAAAAUCGGUUUACAAUUGAACAUGUUGGAAAAUGAGGAAAGAGAUCAUUUCACAGAGCUAGCUACGGCUAUUAAAGAAUACCACGACAGCCAAGCAAUGAAUGCUCAGAAAUACAAGUACAUAUCUAUUCUUGCAUCUGCGUUUUUAGCUAUAUUGUCCCUGAGCGGUUCGAUGAUUUAUAACAACAGGAGAAUAGCUGAUGUUCGUAACGUUAUUGCUGAUGCACAGGAGAAAAAUGACAAGACGUUCAAACAAUGUUUUCAUUCCUUGCAAAAUGAUUCGAAUAAAAAAUUUUCGCAAAUCAUGUCAAUGCUGCAAGCCAAAACCACAGCUGACAUCACUACUCAAACACCUAAUAAUCGUGCUGAAUUAACUAAGGACAACUUUGAUACCGUAACAAUUUCAAAUAGCUACAGCUACAAGACAGUCGGUAUUUAUUUUGGUGCUAUAGCUCUUGCCGUAUACAUUAUGCAACAAUUAGGCAGAUCUUAAAUGAGACCUUGAACUGCAAGUGAUAGUUUUGAAUGAGCUGUUAAGUGUCAGAAGCCAAAUUCAAGAAAUUCAUACAAAUUUUCUGUAGUGAAUAAAUAUAAGUGUAAAAUUUGUUCUAUAUUAUUUAUUAGUAUUUAACAAUGACCUGCAUGGUAUUUUCAAAGCAUUUAAUUUAUAACUGUAUUGUAUAAUAUGUAUAAACUAUUAUAAGUUUGGUAUAAAAUAAUCUGGGAUUAUAGCAGAAUCAGCCUAAAAAGCGUAAUUAUCAAUAAAUUCAUUAUAUCGACAGUUGACGUAGUUCAGAUUCAAUAAGCUCGAAUUCUUUCGAAAAUCAUGAGUAACGUGAUUGAAGAUUUUCCAUCAGUAGUUCAAGAAAGAUAAUGGUGUUGUCGACUUCAUGUCUUUAAUAAAAUUGCCAAGCAGCCUUGCAAUUUUUGCUAGUCAAAAUUUUACUUUAUAAUUAUGAGAACAGGAUAAAAUAUAAGCAUUUACAGGUUUAGGGUUAUUUUACUCAUUUAUUUUCAUUUCUUUCAAAUUAUUCACUAUGAUUUAUGGUAUUAUAAUGUAUUAUUAUUAUUAAUAUCACACUGUUAUUGGUAUACAGGUUUUAACAAAUAUGAAAAUAUUAGCAUGACAUAAUUCUAGACAAAGUCGAAUGAUAGAUAAGGGGAUAUAAUUCAUAUUAUUGCUGCUUAUUUGUGAAGUCAGAGAGCAUUUUUACCGUAUUAUUCAGAGUAUGAGCUGACUCCGCAUAUAAGGCUACCAAUAAUUCUGAGAUAGUAUUUCAGGUUGUCUUAGUUACCUGAACAUUAGACAGGUCCCUGUAUAAGCCCAAAACGAUUCUGGUAGGUGCUGUUAACGU